GCCCACCCCCAACAUGAUAUCUAAUGAACAUCCCAGCUGACAUAACUGAUCAUAGAUCCAUUCAUUUGCAGGCCGAAAUCCCUACAUUCAUUCUGUUGAUUUCCGUGUCUUUUGACUUUGCUCGCACCGACGAAUGAGCCUGAAGCUGCUGGUGUAAACUUACCCUAGUCGAUCCUUUUUUUCUUUCCCUCCGCAAUCUUUUAUUACUUUCGUUAAUGUCAUGCGGAGGGUGGUGUUGCUUUAGUCAUCACAUUCAGGCCAGGACUCGAAGUCAUUCAUUUUAUAGUGCACCACUAUCUCGACUGUUGUUGUCGCUUUAAUUAUCAGAGAACGAAGGACAGUCUAUCGGAUCCACGAUGAAUCGAUUUCGGACUAAGAAGAAGGUGAAGGAGGAGAUUUCGGCCCCUAGGCCUUCCCAGGACUCCGAGUCAUCCAUUCCUUUCCGGCCUUUUAGGAAGGGGAAGAAAACGCAGGAACCCGAGAAAGUCGAGAUUGAUCUCUCGAUGGCAUUGCCAUCCAACGACGAAUUUCGCACGAGCUUAUUGAUGACCGGCCUUUCCGCCCGAUUUUCUAUGCUGAGGGAACAGGAUGACCCGAGUACAAAGAUCGGCAAGGCCAGUGAUGACAGCGUCCUAUUUCCCAAGAGACAGUCGAGACUAGACUAUGGAGGUUUCCGCGGGUUGGGCGAUAUUGCUGAAGUAGAAUCCAUCAAAGCCGCCGCUCCUUUUGCCGGAAAAGACUCUUCCACAUUUGACGAUGGGGAUUCGUUCACGGCAAGUAGCGUCAUGGGGCGCUCUAAACCGAUAGAGGGGAAUAACCUUUUUGGCGGGCGCCAGAAGAUCUACAAGAUUCCCGUUGGCACCAACCCUUCGAAAACACUUGCUGGGGGCAUGGGCGGUCGGGCAUUGUACGAUGACGACGUGGCGUUGUCGGCUUUUCAAAAAUGGAGGCAGGCUGAAAGAGAGCGUAAAUCGUCCGAGGAAGACAGGGACGGGAGUGAGAGGAGAAAUUCAGGAGAGAUGGAAAUAGACGUCUUUCGCGCGGAAUCGCCAGUUCUCAGCAACUACAACCAGAAGCGAGAGACGUCGUCAACGACAUUUUCUAUACCAUCGCUAGCUAGAAACUCGACCGCCGCAACUUCGGUGGCAUCCUCUCAUCGCGCUCCGUCCUUGAAAGAAUGGCAGCCAUCUACUAGCUCCGGCCCUGCUAUGGAUAGAAGCGUGACACGUACAAGGCGAUUAUAUGAGUCUGGGCUUAACAACGACCUUCACGAACAGCAGUCUUCGGCGUUGUCCCGCAUCGACACCUUGAGCCGGCAACGCACCUUCGGGACUCGAACACCUGACCUGGCUCAAAACUCCCCAUCCCCUACAACUAUCGGGUUUGCGGAGCGAUUCGCCGGGGAGCGAAAGAUCUUGGCUAAGUCUAGUGCACCGAAUCUCAGAUCGUUGAGCCCCCCUACCACAGCUUCUUCGGCCGGCACCCCGGAUCUAGGUGUUCGUGUCCCCAGCGUAACGGAGAUGCGAUCGAACUUUGGUGGAGCGCCGCCUUUGAGCCCACCCAUCAGCGAAACGGAGGAGAAUUCCAUAUUAUCCAUACACCCUAGCGAUCGAGGGAAGGCUACCGCUCUAGGGGUAUUCCAGAAACCUUCUCAGCCGUACGAUGAGUCGAGGUAUGCCCAGCGGCAAUUGCAGCGACAACAAGGACGGGAGACGCCGACGCUUAAAUCUAGAGACGAACUAGGAACGUCUUCCAUAAAUCAGAGAUCCAGUUCCUCAUCGUCGGUGCAUAGUCGAGGAUUCGAGUCCCGAGUCGAUGCUACCGCUACAGCUGCCAAAUCGACCUCAAACGAGCAACCGGCGACAUCUUUCCUAGCAGAUCCCAAUGACUCAGAUUGCUCACCCGCCGUAUCACCCAAGCCAGAUCCAUCUCCACAAGUCUUCCUGAGGCGUCCAUCUGACCGCGAACACCCGGCUUUUCGCGACUCUAGCGUCCCGACACCCUUAUCACUAGAUUCAAAGUCUGGUGAUGAGACAUCGCAAAUGGCAGAGAACUCGUCGUCUCUUUCGCCAAAUCCAAGAGCGGUCUCGCCAGCAGAUUCUCCCACCCUCGGUCCAGCCCCAGGUGCCGGUCUCAGCGGGAUGGUACGACAGCAUCUUCGAGGAGACAGCAACGCCUCGUCAAUUUAUGGUAUGAUCCCUCCCACUUCUGGUUUCGAAUCUCGGUUCCCGGCAGAUUCGGAGUCUGCCCAGGAUUUCCACGAGUUGGGGACAAGCGCGAAUCCGUGGGAUUUGUCUGAUGCCGGUCGCGAUUGGUCCUUGGACCUGGAUGUCAACGAACCUAUGCCGGAUGUCCAGUCUCGAUUUUCCAACCUUCCUGAUUCCGAGGACGUUCCCGGCAUCGUUCUUGGUGCUAUGCGUAAUACCAGCGAAGACGACCGAGAUGAAUUUGCGAGUCAACUCGCAGACGGAGCCCGCCGAGUGCGCGAGCGUUUAACUACAUAUGUCGAGACCGAUAGCCGCUCCACCUCCCCUAAUCGACUUGGAGACUCUACCGACUCGUUUAGAGACCAACCGCCGCCGCCGAGGCAAAAUGGGCUCAGUCUUUUGCGACCAAAGAAUAGUCGUGGAUCUCUAGUUGACCGCGGUCGAGAUGCAUCGCAAUCAAAGGCAAUGAAAAUGCUUGGAUUAGGUGCGUCUAGCAAUUCCCAGACAGGGGGCUCAGUGCGGGAGCCACCGAAAGAAGAGAACGUCAGGGCCCCGAAUUCUUUCGAUUACGGUGAGACGGAGGACAAGGCAGAUGGUACAGACGAGACCCACGCUGGGCUUCGUGCGUUUAGGCAAGCAAGACGUGAGCUGCAGAAGAUGAAGGAACAAGAAACGCAGGCAAGGUAUCACCAGCAAGAAGAUCAUGUAUAUGAUGGCAGUUCGGUGCGAUCAACGCCAUGUAAAGACCGCCCCUCUGGACGGCAGUCACCUGAACGAGAGCGAAAACCGCCUCCAGUGUUCUACAAGGAACGAUCAACAAGUGAAGAGUCAACGCAAGGAAGCCACAGCUCUAGAUACGAAGGUCGGUUGAGGCCAGACGGUGAUAGGAGCGGGUCGGAUUCUAGCAACGAUGGACAAGCAAGCGGCUGGCCAACAAGACCGACGAAUCCUUCGUCUCUCCGUGGGAAUUUACAGGUUGGUCCAAACGGAGCCAUGGCCCGACCAAUGCGUUCCCCUGGUCUCCCGGGAACUGAUAUCAAGCGUUCGCCUAUAAUGCCGCCUCGGCCGUAUCCCGGCUCUUCUCAAACUAAGCAAUCGAGUUCCAACUCUAAUGCUGGCCUCCACGUCCAGACAGGCCGUAACUAUGAGUCUGGUCAAGCAUCGCCUAUCUCGCCCAUGCCUUCUCCUUACUCCCAUAAUCCCUCGACCCCUGUUACAUUACCUUCUUCGCCUCGCCCGUCAGCUUCACCAAAUCGUGGCCAGGAGAAUGCAAGCUCUAAUAUAAGCGAUGCAGCUAGACGCAAAAUCAGGACAAAAGAUAUAUCUGACCCGACGUUUGUCAUGUCUACCUCCCGAGUUCCAACAGUAGCACUCCCUGACGCGCCACGGAACAGGUCACGCAGUAACAGUCGGACAGCGCCUCCGCUACCUCCUAUCAACCCGAGGCGACGACAGGAUUUCUCCAGCACUCGGGCCGUCUUUGAUAACCUUAGUCGGCGGAAUGACGGCGGAUUCGAUACUGGUGUCGGUCGCGGGGAUAGAGACGACUCAAAGCCUGAGCGCAGACGUCUACGUUCGAUUGGGCCCGAUGCCUCGGGCAUCCAAUCGAAGACUCCCAAUAAUCAAUCCUCCAUGAAUGUCGGCCCCCCCACGUCCAGGCAGGCCAUGAAUCAAGGAGCGAAGCAUCCAGGUAUGAACUUACCAGGCGGUAUGAUUUGAUUUAAUCGACUGGACUCGACCCUCAGCUCCGAUCCUUGUUUAAUUCCGGACCAGGGUGAUUUACCCCUGUAACAUUCACGAAAUGUAAUGAGAUACCAAUUUCACCUUAUUUCUUGUUCCUGGCGAGGUCAGUGUCGGACGGUUAUUGUAUAUUUUGUAAAUUUGAAGUUUGCGCUCGGUGUAACAAAUCU